AUGUUGUUGACUCCACUCUGGCAAUAUUUUGCAUUGUUCAUUUAUAUAUUACUAUUAAAAUUCAAUGGCGUGUUUUCUACCAAUCCUACUAAACAUAUUAUAUAUAGUGAUAAUAUUAAAGAUGAGAUUAACUUAUAUAUGGGUGAAUUAUUAUAUGAAAAUGACAAUACUAAUUAUUCCUUAACGUUAACGGUGAAUUCCGAUGAAAAUAAUAUAAUAAGAAAGAUAGAAUUAGGAGAAUUCUAUAGUAAAAAUAUCGUAAACGGUAUAAUUAACAUAAAAAUUCCAGAUGGUAUAUGUCAGGAUGGUAACACAGUAUGCUCUUUUAAAAUAUCAUUUCAAGACACUACCGCUAAGAAAUUCAGGAUUAUUUAUUCUCAGUUCUUUCAAUUAACGAAGACAACCCAAUAUAAGUAUCCAGAAAAAACCAUAUACAUGAACUUAUCUAAUGAUCAAGAAUUGGAUGAAAACUCCAACAAUUUAAUGUUUUUCACAAGGGAUUCGGACCAACCAACCGCUACUCAUCAAAGUGUAACGGCCAAUCCAACUAGAUCCUUUAAGAAUUAUUUUACAAGCCAACCAAUGUACGAAAGAGUUCCGAUACAUACGAAGGACUUAGAGGACUUACCUAACACCAAUAACAUUCAAGAUAAAUCGAUAAACGCCCUUCUAAAGUUGGAUGACGCUUACGAUUCAAACGCAAAAUUUCCGCUAACCGCUAGAAAACUGCAUUUUACUAAUAAUUAA